AUGGCUCUGAAUGACUGUUUGCUUCUAAACUUGGAAGUGGACCAUUUCGUACACUGCAACAUCUCUAAUCACAGUGUGGAUCUCCCCAUGAACGACGACUGGUUCCACCCGGGGGUCCUGUAUGUCAUCCCUGCAAUUUAUGGGGUCAUCAUUCUGAUAGGCCUCGUUGGCAACAUCACCCUGAUCAAGAUCUUCUGUACCGUGAAGUCCAUGCGAAAUGUACCGAACCUAUUCAUCUCCAGCCUGGCGUUGGGAGACCUGCUCCUCCUGGUAACCUGUGCGCCCGUAGAUGCCAGCAGGUACCUGGCCGACAGGUGGCUGUUUGGCAGGAUUGGCUGCAAACUGAUCCCUUUUAUCCAGCUUACCUCAGUAGGGGUGUCUGUCUUCACACUCACAGCUCUCUCAGCAGACAGGUACAAAGCCAUCGUCCGGCCAAUGGAUAUCCAGGCCUCUCAUGCCCUGAUGAAGAUCUGCCUCAAAGCUGCACUGAUCUGGAUCAUCUCCAUGUUUCUGGCCAUCCCAGAGGCUGUGUUUUCUGACCUACAUCCCUUCCACGAGGAAAGCACCAACCAGACCUUCAUUAGCUGUGCCCCGUACCCACACUCUAAUGAGCUGCACCCCAAAAUCCACUCCAUGGCUUCCUUCCUGGUCUUCUACAUCAUCCCGCUGUCGAUCAUCUCUGUUUACUACUACUUCAUUGCCAAAAAUCUGAUCCAGAGUGCAUACAAUCUACCCGUGGAAGGCAAUAUACACGUCAAGAAGCAGAUCGAAUCCCGGAAGCGCCUGGCCAAGACAGUGCUGGUGUUUGUGGGCCUCUUUGCCUUCUGCUGGCUCCCCAACCAUGUCAUCUACCUGUACCGCUCCUACCACUACUCCGAGGUGGACACCUCCAUGCUCCACUUCGUCACCAGCAUCUGCGCUCGCCUCCUGGCCUUCACCAACUCCUGCGUGAACCCCUUUGCCCUCUACCUGCUGAGCAAGAGUUUCAGGAAACAGUUCAACACCCAGCUCCUCUGUUGCCGGCCCAGCCUGAUGACCCGGUCUCACAGCACCGGCAGAAGCACCACCUGCAUGACCUCCUUCAAGAGCACCACCCCCUCCGCGGCCACCUUCAGCCUCAUCAACGGAAACGUCUGUCACGAGGGGUACGUCUAG